AUGGGAGACAGAAUCUUAGCAAUCUGGUAAGGAUAAGGUUAUUAUCACUUCACUACCAACAAUGUUCAACCAGCUAAUCCAAAUGUGAUCAGAAAUAUCAACUACCCUGCUGAUAUUGAAGGUCUUUGGACACAUUUCUAUUUCUCUUACUCUAAUACAGGAAAAGCUGUUGCAAUUGUUAAAUUCGGUGAUUUAGAUCCAGUGUCAGCUGAAUUCCCUGUUAAACACCCUGAUUUGAAAUAUCUUAAAUUUAUUUUAGGUGGAAAGGAUUAAAAUAGAUACCCAGGUUUCAAUGGACAAUUCACUCAAGUCAUCUACUCAACUUCAGUUGGUGCAUUCAUUGAUUCUGUUGACAAUUAUAAGAAACAAUUUGCUGAUAAGCCAUCCCCACUUAAAGGAGGAAAAGUCCCACUCUCAACCACAAGAAUUGUUGAUUCCUAAAUUGAUAGAUAGGUUAACUCAGAUCCAACUAAGACAACAGUAGAAACAGUCUUCCCUAAGGAAUAUGCCUUCUCUGGUUGGUUCAAAUGGUCAUAACCUACUACUCCAUAAUAAGCUUGGCACAAUCUUUUCAGAGUCUAAAUUUCUUACCCAUCAGCAGACAGAAAUUUGGGAGAUAGAACUUUGGCUGGUUGGGUAGGAAAUGGAGGAAUCAUUCAUUUAACAACAUAUUCUUACAGAAAUAUGAAUGGAGCUGGACAAAAUAAUUUGCCAUAAAAUAUUCCACACAAGAACAGACAUCUUGAUUGGUUCUUCGUUUACUUUGGAUAUAACAAAAACGAUAAAUAAGGAUAUGCUUAUAUUAAAUGGAAGGACUCAGAUGAUAACUUAGAUUUCAAAGACAUUAAUCAUUACUUUGCUAAUAAAUAUUAUGUCUUCACAGGUAGAGAUGCCUAAUUCCCAGGAUUUAAUGGAAAAGUUGCAUAUGUUUCAUUCAAUGUAGGAGAAGGUGCUUCAAGAAGAGGAAAUGAUUUCAGUCAUCCAGAUGAUGCAUUCAGAUUUGAUAAAGCUGGUUAAUUGAUUCCAAAAGUAGACCCAUCAAAACCAAAAGUUGAUGAGAAUACAGUUCAUGUUAACAAAGUUGAUAACAAUUCACCAAGAGUUGAUGAAAUCUUGAGAUCAAAUGAUAAUUUAGUUGAAUAUGGUUAUGGAUUUUGGUCUAGAUUCUUAACAGCUUAUCCAUCAAGAUUGAUAUACGGAAAGAAUUAACCAUGGUACUUUGUCUCAAGAUUGACAACUAACGAAGAUUAUGAUAAUGUUAGAAUGGGAGACAGAGCUUUGGCAAUCUGGUAAGGAUAAGGAUACUAUCAUUUCACAACUUGCAACAAAUAAAAUGGCGCAGUCAAUGUAAUCUAAAAUAUCAACUAUCCUGAUGAUAUUGAAGGAGUAUGGACAUACAUCUACUAUUCCUACAGUGCUGAAAAGAAGAAGGCUGUUGCAUUCAUCAAAUAUGGAUCAGAAAACUUCAAAUCAAUCACUCAUCAAGUUGUUCACCCAACCACAUAAAGUGUUAGAUUUAUUUUGGGAGGCAUGGAUGAAAAGAGAUACCCAGCCUUUAAUGGUGUUUUCACUAAAGUUGUUUACUCUCAUCAAAUCGGAGUUUUUGUUGAUUCAAUUGAUAAAUUAUAAGCUGGAGUUGUUCCAUAAGUUCCAGUCGAUUUAAGCAACACUAAGAUUGUCGAAUCUCCAAUUGAGAGAUCAGUUCAAGUUGCUCCAACUGAAACUACCGUUGGCAAAGAUGAUGAGUUACCAAAAUUACCAGAAGAAUAUGGACUUAGUGGAUGGUUCAAGUGGACACCUACUUAACAAUAAGUUUGGCACAACAUCUUCAGAGUAUACAUCAACACUCCAGCUAGUGACAGAUUUUUGGGAGAUAGAACACUUUCUCUUUGGUUAGGUAAUCAACAAGGUGGUAUCCUUCAUUUCCCAACUUAUACAUACAGCAAUAUGAAUGGUGCAGGAAAUCCAAAUGUUGUUUAAAAUAUUCAACAUAAAAAUAGACACAAUAACUGGUUCUUCGUUUACUAUGGCUAUUCAAAGGUUAAUAGACAAGCAUAUGCUUAUGUAAAAUGGACUGACAGCGAAGACUCAUUGAACUAUGUUAACAUUAAUCAUUACUAUGCACCAAAAUUCUAUGUCACAGUAGGAAAAGAUAAAUUCUUCCCAGGAUUCAAUGGAUUUGUAGCAUAUGUUAACUUCAAUCUAGGAAAAGGAAGCUUUAGAAAAGGUAACGACUUUACUCAUGAUGGUGAUUUCUUCGGAUUUUCUACUGGUAAAGAUAAAUUAUUCCAACCACCUAAAGUAGGUGCUCUUCCAGAAGUUGAAAAAACAGUUCAUGCAAGCAAAACAUCGGAAGAUGCUCCAAAGGUUGAUAGAACAAGUCCAGAGGGCUAAGAUAAUUUAGUUGAAUAUGGUUAUGGAUUUUGGUUGAGAUAUUUAACAACUUAUCCAGAGAGAUAACCAAAUGGUAAGAAUCAACCAUGGUACUUUGUUUCAAGAUUGACAUGGCAUAAGGAAUAUGAUAACAUCAGAAUGGGAGACAGAACAUUGGCUAUCUGGUAAGGAUAAGGAUACUACCAUUUCACAACUUGCAAUAUCUAAAAUAACAAUGCAAAUGUUAUACAGAAUGUCAAUUAUCCAGAUGACAUUGAAGGUCUUUGGACAUUUAUUUACUAUUCAUACAGUAAGAAUGAAAACAGAGCUAAGGCCUUUAUUAAAUACGGAGAUGGUGAUUUCUAAGCAGUUGAUCAUCAAGUCACUCAUUAACCAACUUAAACCGUUAGAUUUAUUUUGGGAGGUACAGAUGAAAAGAGAUACCCAGCCUUUAAUGGUUUAUUCACUUCAGUCUACUUCAACACUAAAGUUGGUGCUUACAUUGGUAACGUAGAUGCAGCUAAAAAGUUUGUUAAUGAUUUCUCACCAAUUCCAAGAAUCAGAGUCACUGAUUUGAUCAGCAAACCUAUUGUUUCAGAUGAAGUUGAAAGACAAGUAACAGAUAAAUAAACAGAAGCAACUGUCGAAGAAUAGAGACUCCCUGAUGAAUAUGGAAUUUCAGGUUGGUUCAAAUGGAAUGAGGUGGCCCAAUAACCUUGGCAUAAUAUUUUCAGAGUUCAAAUCAAAACUCCUUCAACUGAUGCAUUCUUAGGAGAUAGAACUCUUUCUUUAUGGUUAGGAACUCCUGAAGGUGGUAUUUUACACAUGCCAACAUAUUCAUAUACAAAUAUGAAUGGAGCUGGUAAUACUAAUUAUUGGAAGAAUAUUCAACACAAAGACAGACACACUAAAUGGUUCUUUGUUUACUUUGGUUAUUCAAAACCAAAGGCCUAAGCUUAUGCUUAUGUUAAAUGGUCAGAUUCUGAAGAUUCAAAUACCUAUGAUAAAGCUAACCACUAUUAUUCAGCAAACUAUUACAUAUUCGUUGGUAAGGAUCCCCAUUUCCCAGGAUUUAAUGGAAAAUUAAAUUAAGUCACAUUUAACAUUGGUGAUGGAUCAUUCAGAACAGGAAACGAUUUCACUCAUCCAAAGGAUGCAUUUGGUUUCAGUACUGGUUUAGAUAAAUACUCAAAGAAAGGAGAUGCCCCUUCAGUCAGAUCAGAAGAUAAAGUCUUAGAGAGUGCUGAAAAUUCAAAACCACCUGUUUUAGAUAAAGAUGCUACUUCUGAUAAGAAUUUAGAGACUUAUGGUUACGGAUUCUGGUUAAGAUAUUUGACAGCCCAUCCAUUCAGACAACUUUCUGGUAAGAAUCAACCAUGGUACUUUGUUUCUAGAUUGACAUGGAAUAAGGAAUAUGAUAAUAUUAGAAUGGGAGACAGAGCCUUGGCUGUUUGGUAAGGAUAAGGAUACUAUCAUUUCACUGCUUGUAAUUCUAAGACUGGUAAUGUGAACUAAAUCCUCAAUAUUGAUUACCCAGCUGAUAUCGAAGGAUUAUGGACAUACGUCUAUUAUUCAUUCAGCGUUGAUGAGAAUUAAGCUGUAGGAUUCACUUAAUAUGGUACUUCUGAACCAAAAUAAAUUGUUCAUAAAACAUCUCAUGCUGCCACAAAAUAUGUUAGAUUUUUAUUGGGUGGUACUGAUGAAAAUAGAUACCCUGCUUUCAACGGUUUGUUUGCUUCAGUUUCAUUCUCAACACAAAAUGCCUAUGUUGGAACAAUAGAUGAAUUCAAAAAAUUAGUUGCAUCUGUCCCAAUGCCUUCUUAAGGACUUAGAGAUUUAACAACUUACAAAUUAAGUGAAGUCAUCACUAGAACACCCACUGACGAUAUCUCUAAAGAAGUCACUGUUGGAGGUGGUAAAGAACAAUUCCCAUCUGAAUAUGCUAUUAGCGGAUGGUUCUAAUGGAAACCAAUUGCCCAACAACCAUGGCAUAACCUCUUCAGAGUUACUCUUAAAUAGCCAUCAACUGACAAUUUCUUGGGUGACAGAACAUUAACCUUAUGGAUUGGUACUCCAGAAGGAGGUAUCUUACAUUUCCCAACAUAUACAUAUGCAAAUAUGGUUGGAGGAGGAAAUAACAAUUACUGGAAGAAUAUUGUUCACAAGAAUAGAAUCAGAGAGUGGUUCUUUGUUUACUUUGGAUACUCAAAGACUAAGGCUUAAGCUAACGUAUAUGUUAAAUGGACUGAUUCUGAAGAUUCCUUAUCAUAUGAUAAAGCUAACCAUUACUUUGCACCAUAAUUAUAUGUAUUUUUGGGAAGAGACAAGCAUUUCCCAGGUCAUAGUGGUAAAAUUGCUUAUGUGAGAUUUAAUUUGGGUAAUGGAGCUCACAUCGAGAAUAAUAAGUUUGAUCAUCCAUAAGAUGUAUUUGCAUUCAAAGAAGGAACAGAAAAAUUAUUCAAGAGGGAUGAGUAACUCCUACCAGAUGAACCUACCAAAGAUGUUUAUGAAAAUGGAUUCGAACAAAAAUAACCAGUUAUUAAUAAGGAGAGUCCAUCAGAAAGUGCUCUUGAAGAAUAUGGUUAUGGUUUCUGGAUGAGAUUCUUGACUUCCUAUCCUUAAAGAUUACCAAAUGGUAAGAAUCAACCAUGGUACUUUGUAUCUAGAUUGACAUGGAAUAAGGAAUACGAUAAUAUUAGAAUGGGAGACAGAGCUUUGGCUAUUUGGUAAGGAUAAGGAUACUAUCAUUUCACUACAUGCAACUCAGCAGACAAUAAUCCAAACUACAUUCAAAACAAUAACUACCCAGAAGAUAUUGAAGGACUUUGGACUUAUGUCUAUUAUUCAUACAGUGAAGCUAAGAACAAGGCAGUAGGUCUUAUUAAAUAUGGAAAUCAAGACUUCUAAUCAAUAAAACAUGAUACAACCCAUGCAACUACAAAAUAUGUUAGAUUCAUUUUAGGAGGUAAUGACGAAGGUAGAUAUCCAGGAUUCAAUGGUAUAUUCACAUCUGUCACAUUUGGUACCACAAGAGGAACUUUCAUUGAUAGCGUUGAUUAAGUGAAGAAUUAUUUGGCUAAAGUUGGUACACCUGCAUCUGAAUUGCCUGAUUUAUUUAACUACAAGAUUGUCGAUUCAAUAUAAAGCAGAGCAGCUACUGAUGAACCAGUUUAUAAAGUUGUUGGAAAGGAGAACGAAAGAUUCCCACAUGAAUAUGCAAUCAGUGGAUGGUUCAAAUGGCAACCAACAGCCUAGUAACCUUGGCAUAACCUAUUCAGGGUUAAUUUGAAAACUCCAUCAACAGAUGCCUUCUUAGGAGAUAGAACCUUGACUUGUUGGGUUGGUACAGCUGAAGGCGGUAUUUUACAUAUGCCAACAUAUUCAUAUACAAAUAUGAAUGGAGGUGGUAAUACUAAUUAUUGGAAGAAUAUUCAACACAAAGACAGACACACUAAAUGGUUCUGGGUAUACUUUGGAUAUUCAAAACCAAAAGCUUAAGCUUAUGCCUAUGUCAAAUGGUCAGAUUCUGAAGAUUCAAAUACUUACGAUAAGACUAAUCAUUAUUAUGCACCAGAAUUCCAUAUUUACGCUGGAAGAGAUAAACACUAUCCAGGACACAGUGGAGUUGUAGCUCAUGUUUAAUUCAAUCUUGGUAAAGAUGCAUUUAGAACUGGAUCAGAUUUCAAUCAUCCAAAUGAUGUCUUUGGAUUUGGAAAAGGAAAGGAACUUAUUAAGGGUCCAGCUGAAUUCAAACCAAAAGAUGCUGAUAACACUAUAUUAACAAAUGCUGCCAGCUAAGUUAAACCAGUUAUUGACUAAGAAGCCAAAUCAGAUGCUCCAUUUGAACAAUAUGGAUAUGGAUUUUGGUUAAGAUUUUUGACUGCACAUCCUGAAAGAUUAAUAAAUGGUAAGAAUCAACCAUGGUACUUUGUUUCUAGAUUGACAUAAUUUGAGAAAUAUGAUAAUAUUAGAUUGGGAGACAGAACACUUGCUAUUUGGUAAGGUUAAGGGUACUAUCAUUUCACUACUUGCAGUAUUGCUCCAUAAAAUCCAAAUUUAAUCUAAAACAUUGACUAUCCUGCUGACAUUGAAGGUUUAUGGACAUACAUUUAUUAUUCAUACAGUGCUGAUAGCAAUAAAGCAGUUGCAUUCAUUAAAUAUGGAGAUUAGGAAAUUAAAUCAAUUACUCAUAAGACAACUCAUGAAGCAGUUAAAUAUUUGAGAUUCAUUUUGGGUGGUAACGAUGCUAACAGAUAUCCUGGAUUCAAUGGAUAAUUCACUUCAGUCACUUUUUCAACUGAUGGAGCCUUUGUUGAUAAUCCAGCCAAGAUCAAUGCUUAUAUUGAUAACCAUAAAGCACCUUCAGUCGUUGUAGCAUUAUAAACAUACAAAUUAGUAGAGGAUGCUAUUUCCAGAGAUUCAAAUGCAGAACCUCUUGAAAAGACUGUUCAAGUUGGACUCCCAUUAGAAUAUGCAAUAAGUGGUUGGGUGAAAUGGAAACCAACAGCUUAAGCACCUUGGCAUAACCUAUUCAGAGUUACCCUUAAAUAACCAUCAACAGACGCCUUCUUAGGAGAUAGAACAUUGACUUGUUGGGUUGGUACAGCCGAAGGUGGUAUUUUACAUAUGCCAACAUACACUUACACUAAUAUGAAUGGAGGUGGAAACAAUAAUUUCUGGAAGAACAUUUAACACAAAGGAAGAAUCAAUGAUUGGUUCUAUAUUUACUAUGGAUAUUCAAAGAUUUCAAGAAAAGCAUAUGCCUUUGUUAAAUGGACUGAAGGAGAAGACUCUUUGACUUUCGAUGAUGUUAAUCACUAUCUUGCUUAAACAUUGUACUUAUUUGUAGGAAGAGAUAAGCAUUACCCAGGACAUAGUGGUAAAAUUGGAUACUUCAAUUUCAAUGCAGGUGAAGGAGCAUUUGUUACUGGAAAUAAAUUUGAUCAUCCUAAAGAUAUCUUCGGAUUUUCAAUUGGAUCUGAUAAUUUGCUCACCUAAAAGGAUGCUGAAUUGAAACCAGGAGUUCCAGUAGCUGAACAAUUACCAAAUGGAUCAGAAGACAAGAAACCAGUUAUUGAGAAAGAUUUGAAUGCAGAUCAAAAUUUAGAAGAAUAUGGUUUUGGUUUCUGGUUGAGAUUCUUAACAGCUUAUCCUGCUAGAUUGAUAUCAGGUAAGAAUCAACCAUGGUACUUCGUUUCAAGAUUGACUCAACAUAACCAAUAUGAUAAUAUUAGAAUGGGAGAUAGAACAUUAGCUAUUUGGUAAGGACAAGGAUAUUACCAUUUCACAACUUGCAAUUCUGUUAACAAUAAUCCUAAUGUCAUCCAAAAUGUUGAUUAUCCAGCUGAUAUUGAAGGAUUAUGGACAUACAUCUAUUAUUCAUACAGUGAUGAUAAAGCUAGAGCAGUAGGACUCAUUAAAUAUGGAAAUGAUGAUAUCAAAGCAAUUCGUCACGAUGUUACUCAUCCUGGAACCAAGCAUGUCAAAUUCAUUUUAGGUGGUAAUGAUGCUGGAAGAUAUCCAGGAUUCAAUGGUAUUUUCACUUAAGUCACAUUCAGUGCUUCAAUUGGAGCAUUCAUUGAUUCUCCAGAUUAAUUAAAGCCUCAUUUGGAGAAGAUUGGAACACCAAAUUCCCUUCUUAGCGAAUUGACCAAUUCAGUUCUUGUUGAUUCUUAAAUUGCUAGAGACAAAGGAACAGAUCCUAUUGAAAAGACUAUUGGAAGUGAAGCCACUAGAUUCCCACAUGAAUAUGCAAUUAGUGGAUGGUUCAAAUGGACACCAACUGCCCAAGAAGCAUGGCAUAAACGUUUUCAGAGUUACCCUCAAAUAACCAUCAACCGAUGCCUUCUUAGGAGAUAGAACUUUGACUUGUUGGGUUGGUACAGCUGA